AUGCAUGAGCUGGUUCUUUACCAGCUUCGUAAACGACAACUUCCUGUAUUUUUUCCUUAUAUCAUACGAUUUCUGAAGGAAAUUAAGGAAGAUGCAGUUGAAAUUAAACACAUCAUGGACAAUAUCAGAACAUCCAUGAAAACUGAAGGUGACUCCUUGAAAAAUCUGGUGGACACAGUCAUGUCUGAGAACAUGAAGCAGCUAGACCAGAUAGAGCAAUCUCUUUUAGAAAAUCUAAAUACCCAAGACAAGACCACGGAUGACUACAUCGCUUAUCUUAAUAACCUUGUCAAAGAGCUCCACAGAUGCCUGUCUUCUACAGAACCUCAGAAAUUAAAAUAUGAGAAGCCAAAGAUCCUCUCCAUACCUGAGACAACGAAACCAGUCAAACCAAGAUUUACUGCUGGUCAAUACAGUAAAGAUGAUAUCACUAAUUACUUGUUGAAAGAAGACAGAAAGAAAUCUGACAAAAAACAAACAUUGUCUCUUUCUUCCUCUGUCACCAAGGUCAGGAAGUUCAAUGUACCAAGUGUUGAUCAUGUUUACCAUGUAUCACUAGCUCAAUCAGACAGACUCUGGAUCAGUGACAAUAAGGGUACUCUUAUUCAAAUAGAUCUACAGGGAAAUGAGAUUCAGAAAAUAAAAACCAGUGGUGGAGUGCAAGGUUAUCACACAGUGAUUAAGGACGGGGAUCUGAUAUUUACAGAUAGAAAAUUGAAAGUCAUCAAUAGGAUAAAACAGGACAAUAAUAUCACUGAAUUCAUUGAAACUGGAAAUAGGGAACCACUCAGCAUACACACCUCUCGCAUCAACGGAGAUUUCCUGUUGGGGAUGGCUGGUAAAGUCGCCAGGUACAACAAGACAGGAACAGAACUACAGAACAUACAGAGGGAUAACGAUGGACAGGGGCUAUUCUCCUACACGGGUCAGAAGUCAGAGUUCUGUCCCUAUGGAAUCUGUACUGAUGUCCUCGGUCACAUCCUGGUUUGUGAUACUGAAAGUAAAUCUGUUCACCUCCUUGAUCAGGACGGUCGGUUUUUGUCUCUAUUACUCACACAACAACAAGGAGUGAGGUAUCCCAGAAGUGUGUGUGUGGAUGACGAGAACAAUUAUGUCUAUGUUGGACAAUACUACAGCAGAAAACUGACAGUAACAAAAUUAUUAAAAAGAGACAUUAUUAAAUGUUUUGUUCUUUGUGAUUUAAUCUCGUUCAACCAGAGGCUCGGCUGUCUCCGUGAACUCCGACCAGCAGAGAGUCUGGUAAAGAAUCACGGAUACCAAACGAGAAAUUACAAUAUCAAUCGAAAGGAUGUGUAUUACACAGGUGUGUUCUUUUCAGCCAAUCAAAAACUUUACCAGAAUUUCG